CCUAUGCAAAGAUAUUGACCUCUGUCUUUGGUAUACCAGUAUCCCAUUUCAGGGUACUAUUCAAACCACUGAGAGGCAACAUACUAGGGCUACCCUAUACCCGGACUGGUUGUGUAUCGUCAAUGUCAAACUUCGUCGUGAGUCUUCGCCAUCGAUCACAGCUUCUUAAUAAUAUCACACUUCGUUAGUUGAAAGCCUCUCACAAGCCUCUCACGAUAUGAUCAGUAAUCUUCAUCUGAAGAUCCCUGCCCCACAACUGGACAACCUUUCUUCCACUUUCUGAUACGAUCUCGCACGCGACCGCAUUAUUAGCCAACAUGUCUACCUUCAAGGGCAUUGAUUGCCUCCCUUUGGAGACGCAGCAGAUGGUCCUCAGAGCCAUGUCAGAUAUCAAGACGCUGGUUGUAACCAUUCACGCCUCUCCUCUUAUGCGCCGAGCCUUCGACAGUUACUCGAAUCCGAUUCUGGGCGAGGUUCUGGUGAUGAACACCAUGAAAAGUGCAGCCGACGUCUUCCCCCUCGCUGUCGCCCUUAACCACCUGACAACAAAGUUUUCUUCCAACCAGGCUGCAUCCGACCCUCCAGGAUACAACCAAAAGAUCACCAACUUCUGCCGUAGCUACCUGAAAAACCUUCACACCUUCUCGAUCGUUGACGCGGGUUUGUCCCUCAAAAUGGCAAUGAACAUCGAGUCGACUUAUCUCCGGAUGGUCGACAUCGCCCAACAGUUUGGAAUGUACGUUUGCGACUGUGCGAAAAUCGAGCGCGGGGUCUCCAUUAGCGAAAGUCAGCGAUUUCUCAAAGCUGUAUACAUCUACGAGCUUGCCCGAGUCCUCUUCCGCACCCGAAUCAUGAACGAAGAUGGUACCGAAUAUUCCACUGCAUUACACACGUUCUGGACGUCAUUCGCGCCCUGGGAGGCCGCUCAGGUACAGGCAUUUGAAAGGUUUCUCCAGAAACUCUUGGUGGACAAAGGUCAACGCUCAUGCUAAUAUGAGUUUGCUGUACGAAUGACUAACGAAUGAUAGUGUGUAACACCCCGAUCCAACGCUUUGCCAGCGACAUCAUUGGCGAUACGUUGGAUG